AUGGAUCUUGUGGGGAAGACCAUCGAGACCCUGAACGGUCCUGCGGAUGGGGCUCUCACUUCCCGUCUCCCGUUUUCCGCCAUUCGUCUCCUCCAGGCACACGGGGAGCGGCGACCGCCGACAGCCUCAGAUCUAACAGUUAAGUGCUUGAUUAUGCUUGAUUACUCGAUUCUUCACGGAAGGCGUGCGGGGGCGUCCACUAGACAUGGGUCGGUGGAGAGCUGCACCGAGUGCCCUCAUGAUCAGACUUCAGGGCUCUUCUGGACCAAUGGUUACAUUGUGUGUCUAGCCUCAUAUAAACUGGCGGACGGCAUGAAGACUAACAGAGCGGCCCCCAUUCAUUCCUUCGCAUCCUUCAGUCUUUCCGCUGAUGGCUCUCACCCAGCCCAUUCAAGUCAUCUCCGACUCUCAACUAAAUGCAUUGAACAACAAGUGGCGAGCCAAAUUCGUGUGCGAAACCCAAUUCCUGUUUGCAAGUUCACGCUAUUCCUAGGACGUUGGUCUCCGCGUCCGUCAUCAUAUGGCCCGUUCAGCUCGAUUUCCAGACCGGAACCUGAUUCUGGAUUCGUUGAAUAUCAGUGGCAAUGCGCAUUAGCGCCUGCAGACCAGACCUCUCGUAUGGUGACGGUGCUGCUGAUGUACUUUUGUAAGUGCACUUGAGGUGCAUCAUGAGGCUUCAUCUGGGGCCAAAUAUCACAUCGGUGGAGGUAUAAAGGGGAUGGGAAAUCCACGGCAUACAGCCCCUCAUGCCAGGCCGUUAAGUCACUUUGAUAUUCUCACUUAGAAAUCCGAAAAGCAUCGUUCAUCAUCAUUAUUUCACCAUGACUAUUGAAACGUAUCAAUUUG